CUCUGUGUAAUCAAAAUUGCUGGCACUGCUGUUAUUGUCAGUUCAAGAUCAAUACUCUAGCGUCAUGUCAGCUAAGCUGGAUUUUGCUGGGACAAGCACUAGUCCCCCUGGUCAAGCACCAGAGCUUCUUUAGCAUGUUUGUUUUGGUUUUUUUUUUCAGAUUUUUUUUCAAGUCAAACUCAACCUGACAUCCAUCAGGAUUCCUGGCGCUUAAGAGACAGACGAAGGGGGUGUAUUUGCUGGGGUGGAAUGGAAAGAUGGGACAAGAUAACUUUACAAAUUCAAAUGAUUUUCUCGACCACAUUGUUUUUUCCCCACAUUUAUGUAACUUUGUCCAAAUAUUUGUUGUUGACUACUUUGUUCAUAGGUCCCCAAAGUCUACCUGCACAAAUAUUCCCACCUUACUGGACUUUUUUAAAAAUCAAGAUCUGCUGUGGGCUCAAAAAAGAAAAAGAAGACAGCAAAAAAAAAAAAAAAAAAAAAAAAGGAUUGCGUCACAAACAAGCAUGUGCAUGUAUGUGUGUAUGACAAAACUGCCCAAUAGCACCACCAGUGAUCAAAACCUUUCCAAAUAUCCAAUUACUUUAACAGCAGGGCCACAAACGAAAGGCACCUCUUAUCACUCUAAUCGCCAAUUUACACCUAAAUAACCUGUCUACCCCCGAAUCUGUUCAUUUGAUUAUUUGGUAAUGUUUUAGUACAUCAGUUCAUUAAAGGCAUAAAGUUUCAAGUGGUUACUGCCGUGGGGCACAAAAACUGGGGCACUUCCUCCAUGACAAGCAUGUGGUGAAAACACAGUAAUGAGCACCAGUUUGACUUGAUCACUAAUUAUCUGACUUGAACCAAAUACUGUCAGCCACUAUUAAUUGAUUUAUCACUUUCAGUAAAUACUUUAAAACAUACUCAUAAGGCAAAUAACUUCAGACUAAGUCUAACCACACAAAAAAAAAUCCCUAGUUACCCUGCUCUAUAGGAAAAAAAAACACUUGUGGUCGAAACGUUUUUGCUAUAUGAGACAGGGAAGUGAACAGAGCACUUGCUAGUGAGUUGUAUGUAUGUUCUAACUGUCAAGUUGUGGCUGUGAAUGUAGUUCACGUUUUCCGCAGAGCAUCCUGUUUGAAAAAGUGACAUUUACUUAAGGAUUGUGGUUGAUGGAGAAUGACUCAUAGUUGAAAGACUGCCUGUCUUCUGGGUAUUCCUCUGCCCAGUGGGAAAGCCCAGGUGUGAUUUCACACUUCUGUAUAGGUGCAUUUAGCUUUUACAUUGGUUUCUGGAAGAAGUGUAGUUUAGCCAGCUUAAGUGAUGAGAACCAAAAAUUUUCCCACGCAGAUGUAGUGCUCCAUUUUAGUCUUUUGGUUCCUUUGGUUAUCAUAUCAUAUGGUUGGUCAUGAAAUGUCUAAGUGUGGGAAAAAUUAACAGCCUCAUUUUACAUAACUCUGUGAUUAUUUAAAUCUUGUAUCUUGUAUCUUAUCUUACAGAACAGUUUAUUCUUGUGGCUGUUGAGAUAGCAUGCGAAAUCCACACAUUUUCACUCAUAUCUGUAUUUACAGGAAGGUGAUUAUGCUCUGUAUGCGAAUGAAAGUACAGUGGCGACUGUUUGGUCAAACUAUGUUUUGUGCUCGAGACUUUGAACUCUGUUGAGGUCAUGGUUAGUUAUUUUGAUAAGGUUACAGUUCUUGUUGAUGGUCGGACAAUGUGUUGAAAUGCAAAGGAAGACGAUCAGAGGGUUGAGAGGUGCAGUCCAAACACACUCUUCCUCCUCUUUGUCUGUGUUGUAUGUGCUGUCGUGCCACGAAGGUGGGACCGAGCUGAUGUGUUAUUGGUUGAGCUGUAAAGUCGAGUGUCUGCUCUAAAUGCGGUUGUGAGAGCCAUGGGCCUGAGUUCAACACUGGGAAGCCUAUUUUUCCUCGGGUUACUUGUGAUCUGUACAGGAUUUGUACAAGAGAACUGUACCAACUACAGGCUCCAGUUUGAGAGGGUUUUCUCUGUUCCUGGGGAUAUGGCUAUGCUGAAUAGCACCUUGGUGUCUCCAGAUGUCUUCAACUUCAGAAAUAUCUCAUACAACAUCACCUGGUAUGACUCAAAGACGGGUCAAGAAAUUAGAAACCAGACCGGUCGAAUCAUGGUGCAAGGGGAGACUCUGUGGUUUCUAAAUGUCAUGCUGGACGACGAUGGGGAAUAUGUGAGCAUACUGAGAACUCCUUUUCAGUGCUACAGCCAGGCCACCAGGCUGAUAGUGGAUCAGAAAGUUACUGAAGCGUGUGAAAGGCCGAGGAAAGUUGGCCAAACACUUACGAGUGGAGUUAGCGACACUCUGUCCUGCCCUCUGAGGGACUACAUCAAUAAACUGGAGAGCUACAACAUCAGUUCCUCCCUCCAGUGGUACAGAGGUUGUCAGCCUAUAGUGGAUGGGAUGGACGGUUAUAGCCACAGGGAUAAGACCACACUGAUAAUUAAAAGGGUGGAAGCUCAAAACAACUGCUCCUACACCUGUACUCUGACCUUCACCCUCGGUGGCGUCAAAGGAUCCGUGUCAGAGACGAUUGACGCAUGGGUCACAGAGGUGUACUCUUUGGUUCCACAAGUGCAUGAACCAGCCAAUGAAAUAAUCAAGGCACCGAUGGGGUCCAAUUUCACCAAACGGUGCCGUGUGUUUGUGCCGGGUGUUGGGAGGCCCUUUGUUGAUGUCAUUUGGUUAGUCAGAGACAAUUUCAUUCUCAAAACCGAGCCCAUUGACCGCGUCUACACAUCAGAACAACGCAUGUUGAUCCAGGAAGUUCCUAGUAAAGGUGCGUGGUUGGAGCGUCUGCUGAUGUUUUCUGAGCUGAGGGAGGAAGAUUUCCACAUAAACUACACUUGUCGAGCGUACAGUUCCCGGGGCUCCCCUGAGGGAUAUUUUACUCUGCUACCAACAGAUCCAAAAAUCAUAAUCCCCAUUGGAUCCGUGCUUGGUGGUGUGAUGGUUCUCUUUAUCAUCAGUGUUGUCGUCUACUACCUUUUUAAGGUUGACAUUGUGCUGUGGUUCAGGAGAGUGUUUCCAGUCCUCUAUACUAACACAGAUUCGGAUGGGAAGCUGUACGAUGCAUAUGUGGCAUACCCGCAGCCCUGUGCCAUCGGAUUCAGCAAGGACGUGGAGAUGUUUGCCCUUCAAGCUCUGCCUCAAGUGUUGGAAAAGGCCUGUGGCUACAAACUCUUCAUAGCAGGUCGUGACUGCCUACCUGGGCAGGCCAUACUGGACUCGGUGGAAGAAAACAUCCAGGCCAGUCGCCGCCUCCUUCUGCUCUACACCGCCUCCACUUUCACCAGCAAAAGACACACAAGCAGCACCAGCAGCAAUAAUAACAACAACCUCUCUAAGACUAUUAAUAGCAACAAUAACAGCGAGAGCAAGAUUGAUGACAACGACAGCAGCAUGAGUUUUGAUGGUAGUGAAGAAGUCUAUCCAGACACAAGGCAGCAGUUGGAGUGUUUGGCAGCAAUGCAUCGAUCGCUGCUGGAGGGAUCACUCAAGGUGGUUCUGGUUGAGUUGGAAGAGAUUACCCCGGCUCAGCUGGCUCUCUUCCCAGAGUCAGUGCGUCACCUGAGGAAGAAGCAGGGUGCCGUGUGCUGGUGGAAGAACCACAGGACGAGGGAAAGGUGGAGGACAUGUAUGAGGAGGAGAGAGGACGAGGAGAAAGGUGGACAGGAGUCACAGUUUUCACCAUCCCUCUCGCCUUCCUCCAGGUUUUGGAAGGAGAUGAGGUAUUAUAUGCCGGUGCGGGGCAAGAGGGUGGUCUACCCCGAGAAAACUGCCCUGCUGAACUUAUGAUGGGGUUACGAUAUGUAUGUGUCAACUGCUGAACCAGAGAGUAGCUGGUUUCCAAUGCAAAUGCGUAUGGUAGUGAAUUCCCCUAACACACACAUUUCAGAAAUGCUGUGAUGUCACCAGAAGCUGUGCACACAACAGGUACUAUUGCUACACAUGCCAACUCAGCAGGUACAUUGUUCUUUUAGCUUCAUAUUUCAAGCAGCACAUUUUAGUUUCGUAGCUGAAUGUCACGAAGGCACAGUAACCGAUCAAGAAAAGGUGGAAGAUGUUUUUCUCAAAGACUCAACGACAGCAGCUCACACCUGGUGUGAAGAUAAUCACGGUGUCCGGGCUAUCUUGAGUUUGCCUACACCUGUAUACAAGCUGUUGACAUUUCCUGGCUGGUGAAGACUGAAGAAAACUCUGGACAAAGAAGGACUGUUCAAAUCAAAGUGUCAUGUAUAAAUGUAAAAUGUACAUAUGUAAAAUGAAAAGUGUAAAUAUGUAAAAAAGAAUAAAAUAAAUUUCUACAGUUUCAUAAGAA